CGCCGCCGCCGUAGUUGUCCGUCGCUGCUGCCGCUGCCGCUGCCGCUGACGUAUCCUCCUCGGUCACCGGCUUCCACCGCUGCCCCUCUGCCCUGCUCCGGAUCCCCCGUGCUCCCGUCCCGGUCCCGUCCGGUGCCGCCCCCUGCCCCCCAGCCCGGGAGGAGUAGCAGCCGGAGGCCGGGGCAGGCGGGGUGCAGCGGCAGGUCCCGCGGUGCCGGUGACAGCCCGCCUCGCUGGGCUCCUCACCUCCGCGCCCCCUUAGUAUCCCGGUCCCGGCCCCCGCCCUCUUCCUCCCGGCGCCCUUCGGCCAGGAUGAACCGGAGCAGCAACGGCCCCCCCGCCCCCGCCGCCGCCGACUACCUGCUCUGCACCAACUGCCGGAAAGUGCUGAGGAAGCAGGAAAAAAGAAUCAGAGUAUCUCAGCCUUCGACAAGAGGACCAAGUGCCUUUAUACCAGAGAAGGAGGUUGUCCAAGCAAAUACAGUAGAUGAACGUACUAACCUCCUUGUGGAAGAAUACUCUACAUCUGGGCGCCUGGACAACAUUACUCAGGUCAUGAGUUUACAUGCUCAGUACCUAGAGUCUUUUUUGCGCAGCCAGUUUUAUAUGCUGCGAAUGGAUGGUCCCCUUCCUUUACCAUAUCGACAUUACAUUGCUAUUAUGGCUGCAGCUAGACACCAGUGUUCUUACCUAAUCAACAUGCAUGUGGAUGAGUUUUUGAAGACUGGAGGUAUUGCAGAAUGGUUGAAUGGUUUGGAAUAUGUCCCACAAAGACUGAAAAAUCUCAAUGAAAUAAAUAAACUGCUAGCACAUCGACCCUGGCUGAUCACAAAAGAUCACAUUCAGAAACUCGUCAAAACUGGAGAGAAUAAUUGGUCUCUGCCUGAACUAGUACAUGCUGUGGUCCUGUUGGCACAUUAUCAUGCCUUGGCUAGCUUUGUUUUUGGUAGUGGCAUUAAUCCAGAGAGAGAUCCAGAUACUUCCAAUGGAUUCAGACUAAUAUCAGUCAACAACUUCUGUGUCUGUGAUCUUGCCAAUGACAACAACAUAGAAAAUGCAUCACUUAGCAGCAACUUUGGGAUUGUGGAUUCUCUAAGUGAGCUAGAGGCCCUAAUGGAAAGGAUGAAGAGGCUUCAGGAGGAAAGGGAAGAUGAGGAAGCUUCCCAAGAAGAAAUGACUACUCGUUUUGAGAAAGAGAAGAAAGAAAGUCUUUUUGUUGUUUCUAGAGCCUUUGAUGAUGAUAUAGUUUCAACAUCUGAUGUCUCCAGAUAUAUUGAAGAUCCUGGUUUUGGGUACAAAGACUUUGCUAGACGAGGAGAAGAGCAUUUACCAACAUUCCGAGCUCAGGAUUAUACCUGGGAAAAUCAUGGAUUUUCCCUGGUUAAUAGGCUUUACUCUGAUAUUGGUCAUCUUCUUGAUGAAAAGUUCAGGAUGGUCUACAAUCUCACUUACAACACUAUGGCCACCCACGAGGAUGUGGAUACAACCAUGCUGCGAAGAGCUUUAUUUAACUAUGUUCAUUGUAUGUUUGGAAUCAGGUAUGAUGAUUAUGAUUAUGGAGAAGUUAAUCAGUUACUUGAACGAAGCCUGAAGGUUUACAUUAAGACAGUGACCUGCUAUCCUGAGAGAACUACCAAGCGCAUGUAUGAUAGUUAUUGGCGUCAGUUCAAACACUCAGAAAAGGUUCAUGUAAAUCUGCUCUUAAUGGAAGCCCGCAUGCAAGCUGAACUUCUGUAUGCUCUUCGCGCUAUAACUCGUCACUUGACCUGAAGCAUCAUUGCAGAGAAAGCGCCACGUCACAGAUGUGUGAAAGACCUUUUCACAGAAGAUACGCAUCAGAAGCUGCUUGUGAUGUAGCAUCAAAAAAUGAUUCAAUUCUCUAAUGUCCAAGUUUAGCCGUGUUUUUUGUUUUGCGGCUGUCAUGUGCAAUGAUGUGUUUUAUUUUUCUUGAUGCUUAACAUUACUAAUGAUAGCAAACAUAACACUGAGGAGCACUACUUUACAUCGUUUCUAGUUGAAUUUUUUUUAAUAAUGGUUACAAAUCAUGAAUCUGCUUUCUUAAAGUGUAACUUCAGUGCUUUGAGGUAUGUGUGUGUGUGUGUUGUGUUUUUGUUUUCUUCAAGUAUAGGAGAAGCGCUUCUGUUGUAUUGAAGCCAUUAUUGUUCAGGUUAUUGGAAUGAAUCCAGCUAGGAAUGUCCCCAUCUGGCCAUUCUCAGAUCCUAAUGCUGUGUCCUAAGGCUGGCAAAGGAAAAGCAUGCGCUGGGGAGUCGAGCUGUUCCCCCCUUGUCUCCAGGAGAUUAUUUGUCAGGCACUGGUUUUUCUCUAGCUAUUGGUGAUAUCGUGAAAUGUGAUGCAACCAUUGUCCACAGUUUAAUGUGAAAUUAAUUAUGAUGAAUUCUCUAGCAUGCUACUGAAAUGCCAAAUUCAGCCAUUUUCCUUUCUUUUGUGCAGCAGAAGUUUUAGUUCUCCAUUUCAGAUGUACAUAUUAAAGUGGAAUUAUGCACAAUCCUUUCUAUCACUGACAGUGACCCUCAGUCUUCUGAAGGCAUGAGUGCUUGCUUAGAGUGCUGCAUACAUUGCACUUAGUGGGCACCUGUAAACUUUCAUACACACAAGACUGACCAAAAAUUUUUUCUUUGCACAUUUUUCCUUUCUCAUAUUGCUUUUCUGUAUUGUGAAAAGCAAAGGAAGGCUAAUGUAUUUUUCCUGUUAGGUCUUUAGGAAUUAUUUCCCAUAAUUUUCAUUCAUUUAAUAAGUUGAACAGUUUAUUCAAAGGUAAAAAAUUGUGUUUCUAUGCAUUAAUGUGAGUGAACAAAAAAAAAAAGUGCAAUAUUUUUUUUUAAUUAAAAAAAAAAACCCACCAACUUUCCCCCUAUUAUGUCACUGCAAAAGUGUCCUUCUAAGUAUAGCCAUAAAGAAAUUUUGAGUAAAAUUUCUUUAUUGCACAAGGCUUAACUUUUCUGUUUUACCUUACUGGAGUCGAACAAUCUGCUCUUUAAAUGCCAAAGCAUCCCCUUCCCCAGAAAAAGCUCUUUAGACAACGGAGAAUAUCCAAGUGGGGGGAAGUUAGCUGCCAAAAAAGUCAUCUUUUAGCAUUUGGUUUUUUUGCUUGACUAGACUAUCUUCAGAGAGCACAAAAUUUUUGUGUUUAUAGCUUUACUUUGUGUUGUGUUGAUGAACCAGUGAAGUGCCUAAAGAGAUGCUUACACCUAUCCAGUAGGACACAACCACACUGCUUAAGUGUUUUUAGGUUAAAAGUGACUUGAUAUUUUUUUUACACAUACAAACUUUGUAAAAAAAAUUUCAGUUUUUCAUGGAAAAUACAUGAAAACCCAGAUUAUCCAUGGAGAUUUCACUUGAGAUUUUCAUUUUGAUCAUCUUUAAGUAAGACUUUUUUUUUUCUUGCAAUUAUCAUGAAUCUGUAGUUACUAAAAUUAGUUCUCCCCUUCCAUUUCAUCAUCUCUUUGCUGUGACAAGCCAUUAGAUUGUUUUGUUUCAUUUUAGUUCCAGAUAAGAAAAUGAAAAAAUGAUUGUAAAUGUAAAGUAAGAUCUGCAUUUGGGGAUUGCAGACUUUUGCUUGAAAUCCUCCUUGUGAGAAAAAAAUCAUAAAUUUUUAUGAAGACAGGGUGUGGUUUAUUUAAAGAGAUUAUUCAAAGAACUGCAUACUAGAAUCUCGUCUGUUUUUUUAUUACAUAGGCUAUAUUUUAACUUUAUUCAUUAUCACAUAUAUAAAUACACACACACACACACACACACAUAUACACAAUUAACAACUAAGUUAUUCAGGAGAAUGGCAAGAGGCAGAUGACGACCACAAAAAUGUUAGUUUGACUUAGCAAUGUAGAUGCUUCAAGUUGAGGAUACCUAGUACUCUUGAUAUUUUUUAACUGAAGUUCCUUCAGUUAGUAGUCCCACUUUUGUUGCAGAUAAACUGUACUGUAGUAUAAAAAAAUUUUACUUCAAAGAUGUGAAAGAAGUUCUCACAGAUCAUCAGAAGAUCUUUUAGAAAACAAGGUGUGAAACAAGGUUUAGGUAACUAAUAUAACCACCUAAUAAUAGUUUUCUUUCCUAAAACUGAAGUAUCUGGAGUUGGGAAUAUGGAAAUAUUAGUGCCUUUACUCGAUCUCUUAUCUGGCAAAGUUUCCUUUGAGCUCAGCAUUCAUCUUGUCAGUAAUGGGGAAAGUCAACAUGGAAUUGUUAAUAGAAAAUAAAACUAUUUCUUUGUGAACCUCAAAGUGAAUCAGCCUAGAGAAAUUGAUUUCUGAAGGUGCCAAAGCACCCUCUACAAUGCAACAUGCACAGCAUUCCAAGUGGUGAAUGCCAUAUUACAUAUUACAAGUUUGCUGUUACCUUUCUGCAUAUAUUGCAAACUUGAAAUUCUGAUGCGGUUUUCCAGGGUGGUAUUUUUCAGAGUAUUGAAUUUACUAUGUAAUGAUUUAUAGUAUAGCUUUUAUACUCAAAUGUAAUAUUUUUAAAAUACACAUUUGUUCAGAAUAGGUGUAAAGUUAUGAUUAUACCAUAUGCUUACCUACACCUUGGGCUCACAUUGUGCCAAACUUAAAUGUGCAAAUGUAAGUUUAAAAAAAAAAUACUUGUGUGAAUGUGAAUCCUUAAAUUUUGUUGUUUAUGUUCUGAAAGUUCAUUUUAACAAUCCCUUGAAGCAUAUGCUCACCUAUCCCAGUUUGUCCCUAUCAAAGACCCUCAGCUGAUAGGCAGAUAGAGUGCUUAGAGAAAGGAACUAGGCAGAUAAAAGAGAAUCUUCAAAUCAGAUAGACCUUGAAUUAACUCAUAAAAUAAUUAGGAGGAAGGGAUGAUGCCUUUGAAAGAGAACUACUUGUUAACUGCACUUCUUUGAAUUGAGUUCAUAGCCAGCACCCCCAAAAGGAUUACAAUAUCUUGUGAUAUUUUAUGAGGCUUAAAGACAAUUAAAAUGGAAUCUUGGGGGGAGGGAAUCAUUUGCCUUUCAUUGUAUCUUUAGAAUGCCAGAGCAUAAUUGAACAAUAUAAGGUUGUUGCUUAGGCUUAGUUAAUAUCCCCUUGCUUCAUUUUUAAAAAUUGUUUCCUGAGAGAGUUAACAUUUGAAAUGUUAUUAAAAACCAAUUAGCAUUGUCCCACAGCUACUUUUUUCUUUAACACCAUAGGCAAUUUUUCUCUGACAAAAUCUUGUCUUUAUCUGCCUCUCAGUAAAAUAAAACUAUUAAUGAACGCAAUUGAAAAACAAUAUAGUAGGUCACCAUUUUGAGGCAGUCUGUGUGCAUAUAAAUUAGUAACUUUUUAUUAAAGCUGUAAGGACACAUCAGUAGGAAAAAGAUUAAAUUUCAGUGCAUGUUAAAGAAGUGAUUUUUGCAGUGUGGUGAUAAAAUGAGCAUAUUUUGCUUAAAAAAAAAAAAAACGGCAAAUCAUUAUUUCUCUGGAAAAGCGAGACCUUAAACUCCUCUCUAUCAAAUAGGACUUUUUAAUUUCUUAUGCAAAUGAUAUGUUCUUGUAGGAGUAAAAAGUAUGCAACAGGAAAAUAAUGUAAGUGAUAUAAAUAGAGUACUGUUAUAGAUAGAAUUUAAGCCACAAAAAACUACUCAAAAAAAGAGACACAUGGUUCCUCUAUUCAGAUUAAGUUUUAAAUUGUGUAAUUUGUAUGGUCAGAAUCUUCUCUAUUCUCUUUCCCCUAUGGAAUCUGGGAUUCAAAUUUAGCAGUCUCUCCCCCAAACAGUACUGUAAUGUGAAUGUAUUCAUCUCAGUCAACAAAAUGUGAGUGACUGUUAAAUGUGGAGCUCAUUUCAGUAUUCAUUUGGCUUACUUAACAGAGUGUGUUCAGUUGAAAUUAAGACAGAGAAUGAAACAGGUUAUGGACAUGGAAGCAACUAUAGUAGAACCAUAUGAGAAAAGAAUUCUAUCCAGAAUUGCCUGGACUUGGAAAUAUUUCAGGGAACAUUUGGAAUAUAAUUUUUAGUGUAUGUCUAUUCUCAAUAGAAUGAAUGCAUGCAAGACAGAAAUAAAAUUUUCAGUGUGGGAACUCCUACAUACAUAUAAUUUUAAAGGUUCUUGCUUGCUUUAUCAUUUUCCAAGUGCCUCAGUCUUUCACCUGCUUCCCCAGCCUAUCUAGUCCCCAAACCAUCACCAGCCAUCUGCUUAGAGCCACCAUCCUCCCAGAAAAAAAGACUUCAUUCUGUUAAACUUCUUAAAUCCCUUCACCACCCAAAUAUCUUUUGUCUUCAGAUUUGUCCUUCCAACCAGAUUUUGUCCCAGAUAUACCAUAUAUUGUCUUAGAAAGUACCAGAUUUAACUUUCUAGAUACUUUAGUAAUAUAUCCUGACCCUACAGAUCCCAACCUGCAAUAUUUCUCUUCUCCUCUACCUCAUUUCUGAAGAGAAUAUUAACUAUGAGAAUCCAUAAUUUUUGUGGAUUUACUUUUUAAAGAGGUAACCAGAUAUUCAGGAGUACAAAAUUUCAGGUUGUAUAUUUUUAAAAAGAUUUUUAUCUUCUACUGAAGUAGGAAUCUUAUUCGUAUAUAACAUAGAACUUGAAAUAUUUCAACAGUUCAGAAUUUUGAAGGGAUUUGAAGUACCAUCCUAUCUGAGGUCAAUAAUAGGGCAAAAACAUUGAUAUUUAUACAAGUCAUUAGAAUAGGAAGUUAAAUUUUUCCCCCUUCAUCCAGUUUACUAUGUUAUCUUUUGGAGAUUUGAGAUCCCCAUCUUAAAAAAGCAUAUUGUUCCAAAAAUUCAUUUUAAAACUUGGUUGUGUGGAAUGGGAAAACAUUUCUUCUCAUAGAAUUAUGGUGCUUAAGAUCUCAGGCUAUUUCACAAAAGACUGCUUAAUCCAUAAUUUAAAAUAUACACAUGAAACCAGCUCUAUAUUGUGUUAAAUAGACUUGUUUAAACCAUCAUGGGAAUUCAUAUUCUCCCACCCCACCCCCUCUUCCAAAUAUAUAUACAUAUAUAUAUACAUGCAUACCAUUUUUCUAUGUGAACAUGUGUUCUAUAGCAAGAAUGUAGUGUUCAGUGAAAUAUUUCUUCUCCAGCUUGGGCUUCAGAUGUCUUCAGGCAGUGUCAUCAACAAAGAUUCUUGCACCCAGGGCUUCUGUAAAGAAUCCAACAGUAAAAACUAGUCAUUUGUGUAUAAAGAUAUUCCUAAAUGAGGUAGACUGGGGAGUAUAUAGACAUUCAAGAAGCAAGUUUACCAAAUGCCAGACAUUAUGCUAGGCCCGAGGGGAUACAGAGAGAAACAAAACAAUGCCCACCCUCAAGGAACUUAAAUUCUAACUUAUAUGACUAUGUCUCACUUGCAAAUGAACAACCAACUUUUUAUAGUAUAGUUAAAACACAAUUCUGUGAUAAUCGUUAGAUGUUAUUCAUUCUCAGUAAGGAAGAACUCACUUUGACAAAAGUCAAAUAAGUCAAUUGGCAAACAUGCAUUAAGCAUCUAGUGCCCAAAACUGCACUAAGUUCAAGAGGCCAGGAAUGAAUUGCUGGCCUUUUUAUUUAGGGAGAGAGAUUUAACAGUGACUAAGGAGCUUAUAUUUAUUAAAGUAGGUCAUAAGGUAUUUUAAACCUAUUACGGAUGUCCCACCAUGAAAUACAGAUUGAAGAAAACAAAAGAGCCCAUAUUAUUGGGAUUUUGGUUCCUUUUUAGUGCCUGUGGAAAUUCUGAAAAUAGGACAGACUGUAAAAUGGCCUUUAGAACAAAUACUAUUUUACAGCUCAUAGGACACUUUGAGCAUUUGAAAAAAAAUCUGAUGAUGAUGGUUUUUGUCCUGAGAUUUUCUUUGUUGGAGUUUCUUGUACUUAGCAACUAAUUUCUUGAAGGUAAGUGCAUAGCAGAGGAUAUGUAAACAGUACUUUUAAGGAGAAAGAUCUGUUUUCUAUAUUCCUAACAGGAAGUAUUACUUGUAAGGCUUGACUGGCUUUCCUCCACAUGUGUUGAAGCUUGCUAUUGAAGUUGGUUAGAGAUCUUUUCCUGAAUAAGGUUUCUUCUUAAACUUAUAAUUGCAUGUCAGAUUAAUUAAGACUAUUUUCUCUAUUUGGUUAAGAUGCCACAGUCAGGGUAAAGUAGGAGGUAGGGUGGACAAGGAAUGACAGUUGGACAGCUAAGUGAACAAUUUUCUUUUGUGAUGUUGAGAAACAACUUCAUUGCUGAAUUUCACUGGUUCUGUCAAUUGUGUAAGUUAAAUGUUUAGUGAUUUUCUCAAAUGAAAAUAGACUGUACUCUUGUUCAGUAUAAAAUCAUUUCGUUUUGUGGUCACAAGAGAAAAACAUGAUUUUUCCCUCCUACCCUCUCUGCUUUCUGUUGUUUCACUUUUCCUUAUUCACAUUGCUUCCCAAAAUAGGACAGUCUCAGAAAGCAGACUACAUGGUGGUUAGGAAUUUUCCUUAUGCUAAUAGGACAGGCAAUCCACACAGUCUACAUAUACAAGGCAAAGCUCAAGUCUUGUAAACCUGGGCUGCUGCCUCAGUACUUGGAUGAACCUCUUAAGAUAAUACUUUUCCUGAUCAUGGUAGAACUGGAUGUAUCCUGUAGCUUAUGAUAGGAUUUGAACUUGAAAUUCCUCUUGUUACUGAUUUUGCUGAACCAGCUACAAUAAUGAAUGUACAUAUUAAGACUUUGUAGCUGAUAUGCAAAUCAAAAUCAGAUUGCCAACUUCUUGACUUUUAGUUUUAGACAUGGUUUUAUCCAGAAGUUGUGAGCAAUAGAUGUAGCAUGCUGUGAACGUCUAUUAUCUUAUAUUCUUUAAUUCAUCAGUAUUAAUACAAAUUAUCUUUUGUGUUCCUUGGUACUUUUUAUCCAACGUAAUCAGAAGCUGUGAUGUUUUGCCUUUGUAGUCUUGUGCUUUGUUACUGUAAUGUUUAAAUUUGUUUUAUGAAGCACGUGACUUUGGGCUAAUGUGAGGCAGAUGGUGUGAUCUUUAAGACUGCCAUAUCAUACUACAUAAGAUUUCAAAUUAGAAAAAGCUUUUAACAAAUAAACCAUUGAUGCAAUUUAGGGUUCACACAUACAAUGUCAAACAUCAGUCUUAUAUAAAGUUUUAAUUCCAAAAAGUAGCAAACUUGAUAGUCACUUUCAAGUUGUCCUUGGUAAAAGUAAGCCCUGUUAUACAUAAGGUCUAAUGUAGUAGUUAAUGAUAUGCUUUUACAAAACCUAUGCCCAUUACAUGAGUCAGCAGUUAAGACAUUUUCUUAGGGGAACCAUGAGAGCUUUUUUUGCAUUAACUAGUUGUUUUUUUUCCUUAUGUUGCUGUUUUUGUAACUGACUGUAAACUGAUAUGAACAGAUCAGUUGGAGUAUAAUAGUCUAGUGCUUUUAGUCUGAAUUUCUUGGGGGAGAAUAGUAAUAUUAUUUGACCAGAUGCAGAAGGAACUGUUAGUGAGAGUCGAGACAAACAACAUUUUAAAUAAAGGAAUUGUGUAUUAACAUGUUAACAACAAUUCAUAAAACUGCACUUUUUAUGACAUUUUGAAAUUCUAUUUAUAGGUACGGAACAAUGGGGUUUGUUAAACUGUAUCACAUUUAUACUUGCUGAAAUUUCUUUCAUUGUUAUUAGUAGGAAUUUUAUUGGUUCAAUAAAAUUGGCAAAACCAA